AUGCCAGGUUUUGAAUCCAAUUCGAGGGAGGGUCGGCCUAAAACAAGCCCUGCCUACAAUAGAUCUACCAACCAGUCAAGGGCGACUUCCUCGCGACCGUACUCCCGUGGGACUUCACACGGUGUCUCACAUGGAACGUCAAAUGACAUCGAGGAGGAGGACGAGGAAUAUCACGUGGAACUGUUAGAGUACGAAUGGCCAGAUUUACCUCCACUGCCGAGACUGAAGGAUGCAAUUACGCGUCAAAAAGUAAGCAAAGGAAUAAGUUAUCUACUUCCGGUUGACAAGGGCAAAAACUCUAUAAAUAACCGUUACCGGACUGACCUCCGGGCCAUGUUCCAGGAACCUUAUGCGAAUGACGAUUGUGGAUAUGAUGAUAAUAAAGUUAAACUCAGUGCUCAAAUCCAUUUUGAUACCAAUACAGUUAACACGAAAUGGUCAAAAAGACAUUUUGACUCCAUCCCUAUAAAACUGAAUUCUGAAUCUGAAAAAGCCAAAAGAGUGUAUGUACGCUCGGCUCCGGCACGAGGCGGAAGACAGUCUGGUGUGGAUACUGACAAAAUGCGCACGCGAUCUAGUUUGUUCCUUCCUAUGAAAAAAGAGGAGCAUCCGGAAGCGGCAAAACUCCGUGAAGAAGUUAAAGUUAUUCUUCAAAGUGUUCGAACAGAAACCGAAUCUGAUACUGAUUCGGUGGAGGGCACGAACUACCAGAGACGAAGAAGUGAAGUGUUGAGACCGAGGAGAAGUACUAUUACAUACCGUGAUGGUGUCGCUACAUCUGGGUUAAAUUCUAAACAACCGCGUGUAGUAUUGACUGCGGAAAACUAUAAAUCAUACGAGGAUUUAAAGAGAACUAAAACGCCAAAGAAAACCAUUCCAGAACUUUUCCAAUCAAAAUUUUUAAGUUUAGACGAAAAUCAACAUAUAUGGGAAUGGUUACAUCACGGAGAGGAGAUGACUGAUUUCCAAUUUUUCCUUUCUGUGUGUGGAUAA